CCUAUAUAAUUAGUCUGGCUUUACGGUCGAGCAUUCAGUUUGUUAUAGAAUCGCAUUGAAAGAUCUUCACUAUUCGAGAUCUAGGGCCUAUAAUGCAGCCGGUGACAUUUGUGCUUUGUAUUCUGGUGCUGGGCGCCCAUAUGCUGUUGGUUCUGAGCGAUUGUGAGGUGGGCGGCCAGAACUUGAAGGUGGGUCAGACAUAUCAGCCACCAGGUCGUUGUAUUGAGCACACCUGCCAAGCUAACGGCUCAAUUAAGGGCAAAACCUGCCCGUCUGUGGCCGCCCUAAAGCCGUGCAAACGAGUCGAGAAUGUCAAUGAGCCCUUCCCCAAAUGCUGUCCAUAUUACGAUUGUGACAAUAAUGUCAAACUAUAAAUAAACUGAAAUAAUAUUAAAACUUUAACGCCAUCAGACAAUAUGGCAAAUUGA